AUGAUGUGGUUAAAUUGGAUGAUUUUCGGCGCAUACCUUGCCUUGAGUGAUGCUGAGCCAUGUGAAACACCUUUAGGUCAAAUAAGUGAAUGCGUUCCUAUAAACCAGUGUCUAGAAGUCGUGUACCGAAUAUCUAACGGUUUAGAUCAACAAAGUUUAGAAUUCUUGAGGCAAUCAAGAUGCAGAAGCAGUUUCCAGAAUCCAAGGAUUUGUUGUGGACCAUUUCCUGACGAUGUUUAUAAUAGAGAAUAUAGCAACAGUAUUCAGCCUUCUUACACGGAAUACUUUGAUGAGGACUCCGUCUUACCUGAAAGAAACCAAUGUGGAUUUGAGCCCUUGAGCGACGGUGAUCGAAUCAUUAGCGGGUCUCGAACUGAAAUAGGAGAAUUCCCGUGGCUGGCCUUGCUGUGGUACCGCAAACAUUUAAACGGGGCCCUUGAUCAUAAAUGCGGUGGUAUGCUCAUCAAUCAUCGGCAUGUAUUGACAGCGGCUCAUUGUGUUACUGGCAGAGAACUCGCAAAGUAUGGGAAACUAGUAUCUGUCACUCUGGGUGAACACGACGUAAGGAACACAACAGAUUGCAUAGACGGCGUAUGCUCCGCACCACCGCAGACAGUGGAGGUUCUAAAUGUUUACCCUCACCCUGGUUACAUCGACGAAAGGUUUAUUAGGCAGAACGAUAUAGGCUUGAUCAGACUUGAGAGAAGAGUUGAAUAUACAGAUUAUAUCCAACCAAUAUGCUUGGACAAAAGUGGAUUAUGGGAAAUUGGAGACGAAAUAUUUGUUGCGGGAUGGGGAAGUACUCUUGAAGCUGGAAGAAGUCCCGAGAAACUUAAAGUGUCACUUCCAAUAGCGAAUCAAUUGGAAUGUUCACAACGAUAUCGAUCUAGUUUCCGAAUCAACCUAAGCGACUCACAAAUCUGCAUUGGAGGCAAAUUCCUAAAGGAUGCGUGCCACGGUGACUCUGGAAGUCCAGCUAUGAGGCAAAAGGAUGGGAGAUGGGAAGCAGUCGGAUUAGUUUCCUUCGGUUACGGAUGCGGGAGGGAGAAUUGGCCAGGAAUAUACAGCGUAGUCUCUAGUCACCGUGAUUGGAUUGAAGAAACUUUGAAGCUGGCUUCUCGCGAUGCCCCGCAAUAUGCCACUGGGAAUUUCGCGUCUCGGAGAUUCUCUCCUACAUUUGCACACAGCGAGUACUAG